UGGCUUCGGUGACCUUAGUCGCGCACUGCGUGCCGUGAUGCGGCGCUACGCUGGCUGGGGCCCAUGCGCCCUGCGCUGCCAUGGUGGCUCGGAGUGGCUCCAGCGCCCGUGCCAGCAGCCUGGGCAACGUGGGCCGUGAAUAUGUUCCAAAGCAGCCGAGACUGAGCCUCUUCAUCCCGUGCGAGCGGGGCUUGCUGAACCCUCCCCGGACCUCGGAGGCCAUGGACAACAUUCUGCAGGUCAUGGAGGUGGCAUGGCGGCAGGUCAAUGCUGCGCGGGGUAGCACGGUGAAGUUGGCCAAUCCUGAGCACAAUCUUCUGGUGAGCUUUGAGUCUGCUCGGGACUUCAUGCUGGGUAUGCUCUCCGAGCCAGAUCCAGGUCGGAAACAUCUCGAUGAAGUGUUUGGAGGCGACUUCAGCCGGAUUGCCCGUGUCAGAGCAAUUCUGGAUGCUGCAAAGCUCUCUACCCGAAAUAUGGGCGAUGACCGUGUAAGCUCUUGCAUGAACGCCGUCAAAUCGGUCGAGGGCGUCCUCAAGAAGGACUUUGGUGCAAGCAGUCGGCUGAAGGAGGCGCAGAGCAAAGAGCUGAAACGUAUGCAGCAGAAGCAAAGCAGGUUUGAAGCCAAGCACCUGCGUGGCGAGUUCUCUCCUUUAAGCAAAUCGCCGGGCAGGAACUCCAUGUUUAACUUCGGGGUCUCCGCAGGUGGUCGCCCAAGGCCCCGGAGCGCCUCCGACGUGGGUCCCGGCGAGUCGGAUGCGCUGCAAGAGACCUGGAAGGCAUUGAGGGAGAGCUGGGAGACUGGCAGCCUUUUCCGGAGCUGGUCGUUGGACCUGUCGGGUGACGGCGGACAUGCGCCGGCGCUCGAUGAGGACAGCCAGGAUGAAGCGCUCGAAGCCAAGGACAGCCAGGAUGAAGCACUCGAAGAUGUUCCGAUACUGGGCUUCCCGACCAUGGAAAGCACAUGCGAGGCGUUGCCUGAAGGCGAAGAAGGCAGCGCGGCAAAGCCUAUAAACGAAGCAAGCGGCACGGUCGAGCCAAUCCUUGUUGAGGCUGUCCAAGUGGCUGCCGAAGAGUUGCUGAAAGAGCAAGUCGAGACGCAGGAUAUGGCCACUGAGCCUGGGAAAACUGUUGAGACAUCGCCCGCAACACCGGCCGUCACAAAGGAGCCUAGCCUCGCCGCAGAUGCGGAGGACACGCGCGACGCCCUGGUCAGUGGGCAGUGCGAGUCCGGUUCAGCUGCAGAUGCGGAAGCAGAGAGGCAAGCAGAGGGGCAAGAGCACCCAUGGCAACGUGAUUUGCGUUCUGAGCGGCCCGUUGCAGACAGUAACAACCAUGAGCCAGUAGAUGCUGAUGCGCUUGCACCGAUGGCACAGCUGGCUUCCCCAGAAGCACUUUUGGUUUCUGGAGCAAUGGAUGUGGCGAGCAGAGUUGAAGCAGAUGCAGCUUUGGAGGUGACUGCAGUUGACUGUGCCAGUAUUGAAGCAAGCGGCACCGUCGAGCCAAUCCUUGUCGAGGCUGUCCAAGUGGCUGCCGAAGAGUUGCUGAAAGAGCAAGUCGAGACGCAGGAUUCGGCCAUUGAGCCUGUGACAAGUGUUGAGACCUUGCCCGCAACACAGGCCGUCACAAAGGAGCCUAGCCUCGCCGCAGAUGACGAGGACACGCGCGACGCCCUGGUCAGUGGGCAGUGCGAGUCCGUGUCAGCUGCAGAUGCGGAAGCAGAGAGGCAAGCAGAGGGGCAAGAGCACCCAUGGCAAGGUGAACUGCGUUCUGAGCGGCCCAUUGCAGACAGUAGUAACAACCAUGAGCCAGUAGAUGCUGAUGCGCUUGCACCGCUGGCACAGCUGGCUUCCCCAGAAGCACUUUUGGUUUCUGGAGCGAUGGAUGUGGCGAGCAGAGUUGAAGCAGAUGCAGCUUUGGAGGUGAAUGCAGUUGACUGUGCCAGUAUUGAAGCAAGCGGCACCGUCGAGCCAAUCCUUGUCGAGGCUGUCCAAGUGGCUGCCGAAGAGUUGCUGAAAGAGCAAGUCGAGACGCAGGAUUCGGCCAUUGAGCCUGUGACAAGUGUUGAGACCUUGCCCGCAACACAGGCCGUCACAAAGGAGCCUAGCCUCGCCGCAGAUGACGAGGACACGCGCGACGCCCUGGUCAGUGGGCAGUGCGAGUCCGUGUCAGCUGCAGAUGCGGAAGCAGAGAGGCAAGCAGAGGGGCAAGAGCACCCAUGGCAAGGUGAACUGCGUUCUGAGCGGCCCGUUGCAGACAGUAGUAACAACCAUGAGCCAGUAGAUGCUGAUGUGCUUGCACCGCUGGCACAGCUGGCUUCUCCAGAAGCACUUUUGGUUUCUGGAGCGAUGGAUGUGGCGAGCAGAGUUGAAGCAGAUGCAGCUUUGGAGGUGAAUGCAGUUGACUGUGCCAGUAUUGAAGCAAGCGGCACCGUCGAGCCAAUCCUUGUCGAGGCUGUCCAAGUGGCUGCCGAAGAGUUGCUGAAAGAGCAAGUCGAGACGCAGGAUUCGGCCAUUGAGCCUGUGACAAGUGUUGAGACCUUUCCCGCAACACAGGCCGUCACAAAGGAGCCUAGCCUCGCCGCAGAUGACGAGGACACGCGUGAUGCCCUGGUCAGUGGGCAGUGCGAGUCCGUGUCAGCUGAUGCGGAAGCAGAGAGGCAAGCAGAGGGGCAAGAGCACCCAUGGCAAGGUGAACUGCGUUCUGAGCGGCCCGUUGCAGACAGUAGUAACAACCAUGAGCCAGUAGAUGCUGAUGCGCUUGCACCAAUGGCACAGCUGGCUUCCCCAGAAGCACUUUUGGUUUCUGGAGCGAUGGAUGUGGCGAGCAGAGUUGAAACAGAUGCAGCUUUGGAGGUGAAUGCAGUUGACUGUGCCAGUGUUGAAGCAAGCGGCACCGUCGAGCCAAUCCUUGUCGAGAUUGUCCCAGGGCCUGCCGAAGAGUUGCUGAAAGAGCAAGUUGAGACGCAGGAUUCGGCCAUUGAGCCUGGGAAAACUGUUGAGACCUUGCCCGCAACACAGGCCGUCACAAAGGAGCCUAGCCUCGCUGCAGAUGACGAGGACACGCGCGACGCCCUGGUCAGUGGGCAGUGCGAGUCCGUUUCAGCUGCAGAUGCGGAAGCAGAUAGGCAAGCAGAGGGGCAAGAGCACCCAUGGCAAGGUGAACUGCGUUCUGAGCGGCCCGUUGCAGACAUUAGUAACAACCAUGAGCCAGUAGAUGCUGAUGCGCUUGCACCGCUGGCACAGCUGGCUUCUCCAGAAGCACUUUUGGUUUCUGGAGCGAUGGAUGUGGCGAGCAGAGUUGAAGCAGAUGCAGCUUUGGAGGUGUAUGCAGUUGACUGCGCCAGUGUUGAAGCAAGCGGCACCGUCGAGCCAAUCCUUGUCGAGACUGUCCCAGGGCCUGCCGAAGAGCUGCUGAAAGAGCAAGUCGAGACGCAGGAUUCGGCCAUUGAGCCUGUGACAAGUGUUGAGACCUUGCCCGCAACACAGGCCGUCACAAAGGAGCCUAGCCUCGCUGCAGAUGACGAGGACACGCGCGACGCCCUGGUCAGUGGGCAGUGCGAGUCCGUUUCAGCUGCAGAUGCGGAAGCAGAGAGGCAAGCAGAGGGGCAAGAGCACCCAUGGCAAGGUGAACUGCGUUCUGAGCGGCCCGUUGCAGACAUUAGUAACAACCAUGGGCCAGUAGAUGCUGAUGCGCUUGCACCAAUGGCACAGCUGGCUUCCCCAGAAGCACUUUUGGUUUCUGGAGCGAUGGAUGUGGCGAGCAGAGUUGAAGCAGAUGCAGCUUUGGAGGUGUAUGCAGUUGACUGCGCCAGUGUUGAAGCAAGCGGCACCGUCGAGCCAAUCCUUGUCGAGACUGUCCCAGGGCCUGCCGAAGAGUUGCUGAAAGAGCAAGUCGAGACGCAGGAUUCGGCCAUUGAGCCUGUGACAAGUGUUGAGACCGCAACUUCACCCGCGCAGACCAAGGGCAUCGAGUCAGACUCCGAUUCGGAUGACGUGCCCAUGCCGGAGAACUGGGGCAUGGUGCGCCAGAAGCGCGGCAGCGUGAUUCGCCCCGUCCCGCUGCCCGAGCAUCUGCUGGAGCCGGCGCGGCUGGCGGGCUACGGCCACGGCACGGAUGUGGUGGAGUUUCAGGUGGGCCAGCAGGAGGAGAAGAUCGGCAUCGCCUUCAAGAUUCUGCCGCCUGCGGGGCAUUUGGUGGUGGAGAAGAUCACCCCGGGCACCCCAGCUGAGGCUCUGAGACUGCCGAAGGGCAGCCGCCUUCUGUGCGUUAAUGGCCAGCAUACUGGCAGCAUUGAGGCCGAGGACUUCUUCCAGUUGAUGCAGCAAAGGCCACUGCAGCUGCUGUUCCUCCGGCCUGAACUCGGGCACUGAUGGAUGCCAGGCGCGUCCAGGCGCGUCCAGGCGCGUCCAGGCGCCCGAAGCCCCCAGAAAAGGGAUCUGCGUGCAGCUGAAAGCAGGUGAAAGCCGGUUAAUGGAUCAGCGGGCCGCCCGCGGGACGCAAACGCGUGCCUGAACAUCGAUUUGGCCAGGCUACAGCUAGGCUUUAAAACGCGAUUCAUGUGGUCACACUUUGUCUUUGCACCGGAGCUCGUUGAUGCGUGC